AUGCUUGACAGAAAUGAUACACAACACUACGAACAGGAUUUGGGAAGUAAUGUAGACUUGAUCAUGACAGGCUCCACUUCCAGAACACUCGUUGGGGACACUGCCAGAAGCAGCAGCAGAAGCAACAGCGAUGAUUUUGAGCAGAAAAAGAGAGAAUACGACAGCCAGGAUAACAUGAAAUCAAGCGAUCAAGAGCUGAUUGGACAUAUUGUAGACAGGACAACUGAAGAAAAGAAGAUUACUAGAAUCAUUGAUUGCCGUAUGAUGCCUCUCUUUUGCAUAUUCUACUUUGUAGAUUUCCUUGAUCGUGCCAACAUUGGCAAUGCAACUUUAGCUGGAAUUCAGGAUGAUUUACAUCUAUCACACAGCGAGCUUAGUACAGCAAUAUCAGCAUUUUAUAUUACCUACAUUUUAUUCGAAGUGCCCUCCAAUAUCAUUCUCAAGCGCACAAGUGCCGUAAUGUGGCUAUCUUUGAUCAUGCUCUUAUGGGGUACAAUGACGCUAGUGAUGGCAUUCUCGAAAAACUUUCAUAGCCUGCUAGCUUGUCGACUUUUGCUUGGAGCUGCUGAGAGUGGCUACAUCCCAGGUAUAUUGUAUAUGAUGUCCAGAGUGUACCGUCCUCGAGAUUUUGGUCUACGCCUAGCUCUUUUACUGUGUAUGUCUUCCGUCUCGGGCAUUGUCUCGGGUCCCAUUGCGUACGGCACAUCGUUUUUAGAGGGACAAAGAGGCUUGCACGGCUGGCAAUACCUGUUCAUAUUGGAAGGCGUGCCCACGAUUUGCCUCAGUGUGGUAUCCUAUUUUUACUUGUUUGACGAUAUCAAGAGUGUGCCAUGGCUGACAGACACUCAGAAGGCGUUGCAUCGAGAAUGCACCAAUGCACCUGAGGAGGAGGUUGCAUUAUCAUUCAAGACCUUCUUGAAGGCAAUCCUGGACUGGAAGACGUUUUUGUUUGCGACAACGUACCUUUUGACUGUAGUCAAUCUCACCAGCUACCAGAUUUUUGCGCCAACCAUCAUCGACGGGUUUGGAUUUCCUGUGUUGGAGUCGCAGCUACUAUCUGCUCCUCCAAAUGUAGCUCAAACUAUCAGCAUUGUCCUAGGCGGUUAUUUGGCUGACAAGUAUAAGAAUAAACGAGGCGCUUUGAUGGUUACUGGCUUCAGUGUUGGGGCUAUAGGCUACAUGCUGCUCAUUAUUCUUCAGGGUAGAUGGGCACGUUAUGCAGCCCUGUUUGUCAUCCCAGCAGGAUUGGGAUUGCAAGCACCUGCAAACAUUGGCUGGUCUGCCAUCAACUUCCCCAAUCUCGAGAUCAGAGUCAUUGCAGUUGCAGUGGUUGUUAUGAUAGGCAACAGCGGAGGUGUCAUCGCUUCUUAUCUAUAUCCUGUAUCAGAUGGCCCUCAUUAUUAUUUCGGAAAUGCCUUCAAUCUAUGCUGUGCAGUCGUGGGAGCAUUGUUUUCGGGAUUAGCAAGCUAUUUACUGUACCGACAGAAUCGCAAACUGGACAAUAGCAACGAGAAAGACGGACAAGAGGGCCAAUUCAGAUACUACUACUGA